UGAUAGAAAACUCAGUACAGAAGACAGAACUGUGUAUAAGGCAGAAAUAGAUUGUUCAAUAUGCACAUUCAGAGAUAUAUAUGAAGCCCAGUAUAAAUGGUCUGUGUAUAUGUAUACAAAUGCUCACAAUUCUUCGAAUUCACUUCAAGAGAUUUCAGACAGCUUUUGGGGAACGAAGAUAACCUCAUACCGAAACAGCAGCAGAUUUGAUACAGAAGGUGGAUGGUGGGAAGAGGCAACGACUUACCUAAUAGAGCUAAUUGUGCAAGUUGGCAAUUAUGCUGAAACCAAAGCCAUGCAUGUUGUGUAUACAAACAUGAAACCUUAUAAUGGUACAUGCACAGUGACACCUUCACAAGGCAUAGCUCUAGAGACUAUUUUCUCACUUAAAUGUAUUGGCUGGAAAGAUGAAGAGAUACGAGCAACUAGAAGCCAAAUGGAUACAAAUUUUGGUCUACAGUAUGCAAUUUAUCAGACAACAUCUGUUGGGUUUCAUUUGGUUUAUUUUGGAAGUGAGGUUCAAGCUUCAACUCUUUUAUCUGACUGUCCAAACUCUGCAUUGUCUUGUGAAGUAGUUGUAUAUAUAAUAGACAUUUAUAGGAGCAAAGUAAACUUUACUCUUAAUGUUCAGAUCAAGCCAAUGUAUAAUCAGCUGACUACGUCAACAUCUACAACUAGUGGUAGUGUGGAUGAUAUUGCUUUUGAUAUGAUGAAGAAAAUGAACUCCAGUAUAAGUGUCAAGGAUUCUUUAAAGAUUGCCAAAAGAGCAGCCACUUUGACAUCCUCACUUUCAUCUUUGGCUAAAUCUGUUAGUGAGGAGCAAUUAAAUGAAGCAACUACCACCACAGCAAUUCCUUUAAAUAAGCCAGUGGUUACCUCUUUUUCUCAGACUGCAACAAAUUUAGUCGAGAUAGUGGGGGGUUUAAUUGAAAAUUAUAAUGUCAGAGCCCCUGAAGAAAUACAAAUGAUGGCUAACUCCAUGUCAGUUCUGACUAAUGACACAAAUCUGAUGACACCUGAUUCAAUGGUAACAGCAUCAAGUGCUGUUCAGUCUUUGACAAAUAAAGUGAAAAAUGUGCAAUCAAAGUUACCUGAUUUAAAUCAUUGCAUUGAUGAAAUAACAGACGUGAUCCACAAUAUCAUAGAGUAUCAGUCUAAUUACAACUUAGAUGACAUCUAUUCUAAUAUUAAAAUGAAAGCAUUGAAGCAGGGACUCAGUGAUGUAGAGACUCAAAAUUUCAUUGAAUCUGAGAUACAAAAGAUGGAUUUACAAGUCUAUCAACAAUCUGCACAGAUUGAGAGCAUCAAUAGCAAUAUUACAUCCUCAUGGGAUCAACUUCUGACAGUGCUGCCCAAAAUGGAAGACCCUACUGGAAAGUUUAAUAAAACUAAACAAAGUUAUUUGAUGACAACACAACAGACCACCAUUGCUGAUGUCACAAACUCAACAGACUACAUUCCACCACUGGGAUUCACAUUUGAUGGUGUAAACCUUGGUGACAAGGACCAGUCUCUCAUGGUUGUUAAAGCUAUUAAGACCAAGAAUAUAUUUAUACAAGGACAGAACUCUAAAUUAAUCAAUGCUGACAUCAUUAUUGGCUCUGUUGAUGACAGUGAUGGUAACAAACUGAAUUUAUCAAGUCCUAGAAUCAUCCAUGAAACAAAAGAAAGUAACUGUAGCGUGACAGAAACUUUAACAACAAUAACCCCUCAAUUUAUUGAAGGUGAUGCCUCCCAGAUGUUCUAUCACCAAUUUGAAUACAAACAAACCCAUUUGUUUUUCUGCUUGAAACUGCGUCCUUUCAACCCUUUGGUUACAUAUACCUUGUAUUUAAGAAUGGACAUUGAACCAACAGAUUUAGUCUAUGAUAUCAAAAAGCAGUUGACAAGUAAAACAUUUCAACCUUGUGAAGAAAUUUGUUUUCCACCUAAAACAUUUUCUACAGCUGGAACUGUUUAUAUUGGUCUAAAACCUAAUAUAAAUGAUACUGUUAAGUCAAGUUUAAACUUACAGAAAAGAUCAGAUUCUUACAAUCUGAAUGAUGCAUAUUUAUUUGGUGUGACAACAUCUGCAUGUUUCUCAUGGAAUGAUACAGUCAAAGACUGGCAGACUGAUAAGUGUAAGCUGACUAAAGAAAAAGGCAAUGUGGUGUGUACCUGUGGAGAUGGAAAAGAAAUAAUUAGUGCAGUCUCUUUUAAUUUUGAACCCAAUACAAUUCACUUUGGUACUGUCUUCAGCAAGUUUGACAUUAAAGCUCAAGGCAUAGUCUUUGGUGUACUGAUCACUUUGUAUGUAAUGUUUACCCUGACAGGAUUUUGGGCUCACUACAUGGACAAAAAAGGAAUGUUUCAGUGGGGUGUGUUCCCAUUGGUUGACAACUAUUGUGAUGAUACCUACUUUUACCUGAUCACUGUCCACACUGGGCUCAGAAGGUCUGCUGGGACAAAGUCUAAUGUUUACUUCUGUCUAUCUGGACAAGAUCAUGAUACUGGGGUCAGAAAGUUGUCUGAUGGAAUUAAAGAAGGUUUCCCUUCUGGUAGUGUGAGUCAUUUUGUCAUGGCCUGUGAUAAAUGCUUAGGGGAUCUACAGUGCAUGAAAAUCUGGCAUGAUAGUUCUGGCAAAGGCAAUGCAUCUACAUGGUAUUUGGAUCAAAUAGAUAUUGUGGAUCUACAAAGUAAUAAAGCCUUUUAUUUUGUCUGCGGAGAAUGGCUGUCACCAGAAUAUUCAUUAGAAACAACAAUAGCUGCUACUUGUGUGGAUGAACUAGAAACAUUGAAGAAUCUAUUUUUUACUAAUACAAAACAGCAUCUCACAGAUGAUCACAUAUGGCUAUCUGUAUUUAUUAGACCACAGAAUAGUCGGUUUAGCCGAGUUGAAAGGUCAAUGUGUUGUCUUGCAUUUGUUAUGCUUGCAAUGAUCACUAGUGCUAUGUUUUAUAAGAUUAAUGUUCCAGAUGUUAACAGGAAGCAGGAUAAAGUUGAUUUUGAAAUAGGACCAUUACGAAUUGGUUAUCAGCAGAUUUACUAUUCGUUUCUCUCUGCUUUGAUCACGGCCACCCCAAUGCUGACAAUUAUGACCAUAUUUAGAAAAUCGAGAACUAAAUCAGAUCUGCCAGUUAAAGAAGAACAUUUAGAUACAUACAAGGUUACAGAAAAUACACAGAGUCACAAUAAAGAUGAAAAAAAGAAAGAAAAGGAACUAUUUGAAAAUUUAAAGAAAAAACAGUGCAAAUGUUCCUUGCCUUGGAUGGUGAAAUUAGAAAAACAGUUGGAGGGAAUGGAGAAAAUUUUAUUAAUAAAAUCAAGUUCUCGAGACCUGAAAGGUACAUGGCCUCAACAAUGUCGAUAUUUGGCCUGGGUUCUAGUAGCUAUGACUGUGGUAGUUUGUAGUUUCUUUGUGAUACUGUACAGCAUGGAGUGGGGACAAGAUGUAACCAAAGAAUGGCUGACUACUUUCAUUUUAGCUUUUUUACAGUCUCUCUUUGUAGUGGAUCCUUUUAAGGUUAUAGUUAUUUCAGUCAUUCUUGCUUUGUUGGUGAAAAAAGUCAAACAGAGGAGUUUACAUGAGUUAGAUUUAUCCCUCAUUUCUGAAGUCAACAAGGAGUAUGGAUUGAAAGAAAGUCGUGACAUUUCUUCUGUUAUCAUGGACCUUUCAGCACCCUUGUCACAGUCAGCUCUGAAGAUGGUUACGCUGAGGCGCAAGAUUUAUGUGAUGAUAAAAAACACCUUGACAGAGUUCCUUAUUCAUACAAUUUAUCUGUUGAUAGUCAGCAGCCUUUGUUAUACUAAUCGCAGCAGUAAUGCUUAUCAGAUUUAUAAAGUUAUCAAUGAUCAGCUUAUUACAGACCAUGUUUCUGGCUUUAUGAAGAUUAAUUCAAGUGGUGAAUAUUUCAAUUGGACUUCUCAAAAUCUAACAGAAUGGCUAUAUCCAGAUUUAGAUGGAAGUUAUAAAGAUCAAAAACUGUAUACAAAAGUAAAUGACUUAUAUCUCAUGGGAGAAGCAAGACUGCGACAAGUUCGUAUUCGAAAAGAGAAUUGUUCCCUGUUAGACACACAACUCAAAAGCUGUGUUCCCAGUUACCGUUCUGGUGUUGAAGAAACUGAUGAUUUCUGUCUGGAGUGGAAACCAAAGCCUUGUUCAGUGCUGGAGAAUCUUAAUACCAAGUACAGGCUCAUUAACGCUUGGACUUACAAGUCCCCACUAGAACUUUGGGGGCUUCCUAUAGUUGGAGCUUACAGUACCUAUGGUGGAGGAGGCUACAUAACAAAUUUGUUUAACGACGCCAAGCUUUCGCAAGAUCUUAUUAUAAAAUUAAAAGAAACUUCUUGGAUCGACCAACAAACUAGAGCUGUGUUCUUAGAGUUUACAGUUUACUGUCCUAACAUCAACCACUUUGCUGUUGUUAUACUUCUAGCAGAGUUCACAGAAAUAGGAAGAAUUGUUCCAUUUGUUAAUGUGUACCCAUUCACUGUACACAACCCUUCCGGUCAUCUUGGAACUUAUGUUCAACUGUGUCAAGUGUUAGGGAUAGUCUUAACAAUACUUGCUUUCAUGUAUGUUGUCUUUAUGGUGGGCAAGAAAAAAUGGUCAGCAUUGAAAGAUGGUUGGUUUCUGCUGGAUAUUUGUGCUGUCAUUUUAGCAUUGUGUGCUGUCAUUAUGUUCAUGCUAAGACUCAGUUAUACAAAAUCUGCACUGAAAAAAUUGUCAGAAAGUCGCAAGUAUUAUAUCAAUUUUUACCAAAUUGUUGUCUGGGACUCAACUUAUAAUUUAUGUCUUGCAUUUCUUGUUGCCAUUGGUUACACAAGGCUGUUGAAACUGGCUAGCUACUCUGAUAAGACCAUGAAAGUGUUUAGUGUCUUGUCGAAGGCAGUCAAAGUGUUUCCUAGUUUCUUUCUCUUCAAUGUCUUAAUAUUGAUUGGCUUUAUUGGCACAGGAUGUGCUCUAUUUGGAAAGACAAGUUAUUAUUUCAAAGACAUUUGGACCACCGCAGAGUCACUUUUUACGGGCCUACUUGGGCGCUCAAGCUUUAGAGAUACUAAUGUGCCUUUGUCAGAUGAGUGGAUGACAAUUGUAUACUUCUGUUUCUUCGUAUUUAUUGUGGUUGUUUUUUUGACCAACUACUUCAUUGCCAUUCUCAUGGAUCUACUUGUGACCAACGAAAAGACUCGCCAGAGUAAGGAAUCAACCAAAAUUUUCAUUGUUUUGUGGGACUCGUUUUUGAACUUGUUUGGGAGAACAAGAGAUCCUACUGACAGGUUAAAGGAUAUCAUUCAAGAUGAUAUCACAGUGAGUGAAGAGGACACAUAUGACCCACUAGAAAAUAUUAUGGACGAAUUUGAGAGAAAAUUAGAGAGAUUAAUUAAAGAACUUGACAAAGAAAUCAAUCCAUAUUCAAGAAAGAUGAAAAAUUUGAAUCUUCUGCAAUAGUUGUCUUAAAAAUAUGCAAAAUGGAUGUGUUUAGUGACUUGAAUGAAUGUAUUAAUUUGUUUAA